AUGUCUUACAACCAGCGAGAGACUCCGGUCCUUGCUGAACUCUGCACCUUCCUUGUCGAGGAUGUCUACGGUGAACUUGCGGCUCGCGUCUAUUCAAUCCUCGCGCGCCAUGGGCGCCAGAGUCUCGCAUCCAUCGCACGCGCUUCCUACUUGAACGGGCGACAGAUCAAGUAUGGCCUCGUCAUCCUCCUCCAGCAACACCUCAUCUUCCACUCCGGCAGCGAUGCGCCCUUGACCUACUAUGAGAUCGACUGGCAAAAUUCCUACGCAAUCGUCCGCUUCGGCAAGGUUGUCAAACUGGUCGAAGACCGCUUCGGCAAGAAAGCCGCAAAUGUCAUGUCCAACCUGCUUGCCCUCGGCCACACGCGCAUCGCCGAUUUGAAGGAAGCUUACUUCCCGCCCGAAACCGAAAGCGACGAUGACUCAGACAACGGCACUGCCAACGGCGCAGGCUCCAAGCGGAAACGGACCAACGGCAACCACGUCAACGGAAUAGUGAAGACAAAUGGCGUCGCGAACGGCAUGCCGUCCGAGUUGGACGACGCAAAGCCAGACCUCACAAACGGCCAUGGAAAAACUAACGGCGUACACAAGGCCGAUAAGGCGUCAAAGGUCGACAGCGUAACCCACAACGGCGCGCCAGAAGAGCCUGGGCAAGAGCAGGAUGACAGCGAUAUCACCUCUGUCGACGAGCUAUACGAGCUCAUACAGCUAUUGAUAGAGCGUGGGUGGGUCAGGACAGUUACCGAAACGCAAUACCUGUCCCCAGGUGACAUGCACGACAUGCUCUACCAAGAGUCCAUUGAGCAAGACAACGCAGGCAUCACACCUACCGGUACCAAAGACAAAGACGUCGUUAACAGAGGCACCCUGGAACGUAAACGGGCAAUGCGUGACGAAUGGCUCACGGUUCCCAAGUUCGCAAAAGGCGGACAACCCAACGGCGCCAACAAGCGCAUGAAGAUGAACGGCGCAAAUGGCUACGCAACUCCCUCAUCCGACGACGAUCUUGUCAUACGCGUCAACCCGGAGAAGAUUGCAGUCGCCAUGCGGUCGGAGCAGCUUGUACACCUCGUAGAGCAACGUCUGGGAUCCGUCACCGCGCGUGUGUACCAAACCAUGUUGCGCAUGCUCGAAUCCAAGACACCCCGGUGCUGGGAAGAAUGGCCCGAUCCACCUCUCCCCGGCGGUGAAUCUGGCGACGCCUCGAUUGACCCUCGCUUCCUUGUGACCGCGCGCGACGUUGCGACGAAGCUCAGCCGCGAGCGUGGUGAUCUCGAUAUCUUCGAGGGCAUCGACCCCAACGCCGCUGUGCAAAUCACCCGUAAAGGGCAUGUCAACCGCACAAACAUCUGGACGCAACCGACCGAUCCCACAAAACUGAACAUGGAAGAGAGGACCAAGGUGGUGGAUAAACACAUCCAGAUGUUGGCUGAAGAUCCCUUCCACUUCGUUACCUGGCAUUCUCGUGCUGGCUUCUCACAAUGGCAUAUUGAGUUUGACGAAAUCGCCCGCCAGAUGAUACAAACGGAACUCGAAAACACCAUCUCGGCACGCAAAGGUUCGUUGGGAGUUAAGCUCGUACGCGCCCUGCGCAAAAAGGGUAGACUGGAUGAGAGAGCCAUGUGCAACGUGAUGAUGAUGUCGGCUGCAGACGUCCGGGGCAUUGUAAAUGAUCUCACUAUUCAAGGUUUCGUUCAAACACAAGAGAUACCCAAGGUAGAUCGCCGCGAAGCAAAACACUCGCUCCAUCUUGUGUGGUACGAUCGACAGCGCGCGAGGGAGAAGUUGCUGCAUGAUACAUACAAGGGUAUGGUGAGAAUCUUGCAGAGGAUCAGGUACGAAAGGGAGAAGAUUGAGUUCACCCUUACCAAAGCCGAGCGUUCUGAUGUCGUUGGAAACGAAGAAAAAUGGCUGAGCACGCGCGAGUUGGAUGAUUUAAGAAAGUGGAAGGAGGUGCAGGAGAAGCUGCUGCUGCAGUUGAUGCGCGAGGAUGAUCUUGUUGCUGCGUUGAGGGACUUUCAUGGUCCCUUGGUGUCUGCUUGA